AAUGAAAGGAGUCGAAUGUCAAUUAUCAUUUGGUUUUUCUUCACUUGCUCCGCCCAUAAACUUGCACAUUUGAACGGAAGACACCAACAAAGCACCAUAAUACGGAGCGAACUACCAUGGAAGGGACUGCAAUCAACUUGGCCCAUCGUUAUGCGAGCGCAGCCGAAGGGUUCCAGGAACGAAACCAUCUGGCUGAGGCUGCCGAUAUGCACCUCAAAGCGGCCGAUCAAUUCUUAUUAGCAACUCAGGACACUCAUAACCAAGAGAUUAUUCGUACUCUCAAACUCAUGAAUGCUAACCAUAUUCGUCAGGCAAAGGACCUUCAACGGAGGAUUGCCAAGACAGCCGUGGUUUCAGCGUCACCAAAACAAUCAGGUGCUGAGGUGACAACAGAGGAAGGUAUAGACGAAUAUUUCACACAUGCGACUUCUUUAGGCACAACUUCUGUAUCAUCAACGUCAGGAGAAGACACAGAGUUGCCAACAAAUCCAUCCGCUGGAUGGCGGCAUGGAAGCCCUGGACAUCAUCAGCAGCAACAGCAGCAAGGUAAUAGCAAUGGUAUUGGACGGCGCCAUGCCAAUGCUAUAAUCUCUAAGCAGGCAGCAGGGGAUAUCAGACAUGAAUCCAUGGUAGCUCAUAGUGGGGGUGCAAAAGAUAAAAGUCCAAGCGGUAGCCACGGCUCAUAUCGUGAAAGAUCAACAUCAUUCAGUAACCCGUCCUCAACUGCAAUUGAAGAGUCAUUCACGCUCGUCAAGGAACAUGUGAAAGAUGAAUCUGAUCCGUUCAACAAAUUUUGGGAGGAAGUAGAAAACCUUAUUCUGAAGCUCUCAAGCCCUGUCGCCUUUACGACAAUACCACUCGACGUUGAUGAACCAACCACUCUCAAUUCGCCAGUACCGGAAGAUCAUACAUCACUCACCUCUCCUCUCAAUAUGCCAUUUGCAGCUCAAGGUGCUGACGGUGCUGAAGCGCAGCAAAUAGCGAUGGUCAUGAAUAGCAACAAUGACAUGAAAAUGUCCUCAGCAAACCACUGCCUUUUGGCUGCUCCUUCUUCCUCUAAGAGCCACGUUGAUCCCAUUUUUAUGCAAGAAUCGUUUUACAUUGUCGAUUCACCGUCCACGAAUCAUUCCAGCAUCAGGGGUCAUUCGCGAAAUACCUCUGUCUCAUCUGUAGAUUCGAACUCUGUCAGUAGUGGUGGCGGUUCUGAUAAUCCUCCUAGAUCAUCGUCACGGAAGAAAUUAGGCUUUGUAACAGAGCCGGUGAUUCCUUCAAAGACAUUAGAAGAAUACGCACUCGAAAAUCAAGAACUCAAACUAGCUCUGAAUAAGCUUUCAAGGAAGAACUACAAGUUGGAAAAGCAUUUUGAAGGAGCUAUGCAGAUGAGUGUCUGGACUAACGAUAUACGAAAGUCCGCCUUACAGUUAAUAAAGAGUCAAGAUUUGCUUCGCCCAGUUAAACAAUCUAUCCAUGACCUUGCUGCUGCUGACAAAAGUGGGUCGCUGUUACAACGAGCACAGGCUGCGGUUAAUUCCAAUACUACUGCUAACAAUAUAACUGGAUCACAACCUUCAACACCGAGUGCUUCGCAGAUCAGCACAAACCCGCUCACGAUGCAGGCAAGGAUUCAAGAACUGGAAGCGGAAGUCCAGAAAUUACAAUUGGAGAACUCCAAGCUAAACUCUCUGAUGAGGAAAUAUAAGCAGCGUUGGGAAGAUCUGAAAGAGUCGGCCAAAAAGCGGAGGAAUGCCAACAUGUCAAAUGUACAGGAUGGAGCAGCUUCGACAGUAACAACAACCACAGAAAACAACAACCAUAGCUUUAAUCAUGCUUCGAGUAAGGAUGGACGUUCACCUAUUGUUAGUCAGCGGCCACUCCUCCAAUCAGGCUCCAGUCCAUAUUCGAGCUCAUCGUUAGCCAACAAUCCUAAUCCCACUAGCAUAAACUCAGGCAGCAGCCCAUCGACACGGCCAUUGUCUCUUCUUUCGCGGUCUUCUUCCGCAUCUGGGACAAGCCUUUCAACCACAGCAAGCCAUCAAAAGAGGAUAUUGAUGGAUAGUAGAGCUGGAGCAGGACCGGGAUUAGAUCUUGCAUCACUUAACAUACGCCGCAAUUCUGCUGUGGCUGGGAUUGUUUCUUCAGCCUCACCUAGAGUGCUGGACUCAUCUCCAAGAACAAAUGUAGGUGUCUUGGCCGCUCUACCAGAUGAUCAAACGCAGAGACCCACAUCAACGCCCGUAAGACCAACAUGGCCAAUGCUACCCUCAUCCGCCACAACUUAAAGGACAGGGAAAAAAGCAAAUAAAUAAAUCAAAUGAAGUAAAUAGAACAUGUACUAUAGGAAAUUUUUAAUCGUUAAAAGAUUGGAUGACAUUUUUC